AGCAUACUGGUCACUGGACACUGACACUGCGCAGUUUCAAAAGAUUUAUCAAACGUUUUUCAGUUUUGAAUAUAUCAGAAAAAUUCAUUACGACCAUUAACCGGCAUUCACUAUUCGUCAUUACUCAUUUUGACACUAGACGUUUUUACAGCUGUUCAACAGUAAAACUAUGAAAACUGUUUCUGAAAAUAAUAGAAACAUUAAUUCGGACAAGAUGCCCAACAAAAAAGGUACCAGAAAAUUCUUGCAAACAUUGCAGCCGUCUGGUGGUGAUAAGGAAAAUUUGGUUGGAACUGGCAGAUUUCAUGAACACAAUUCUGAAACUAAAAUAUUGAAGCCACAAAUUAAGGCUGAAGUAGAAAUUAAAUCCGAUGAAAAAAAAUCUAUAAUUGCAAAAGUUAAUCCAUCUCUCUACAAGAAGUUAAUUAUUGAUGAUCUUACUAACACUGUUGGUCCUAGUGAAAAAUAUUGGGAGGUUAUUGCUGAACGUCGUAGAAAAGCUUUGGAAGAAGUUCUUGAACAAAAUCGUAAAUUACAUUCUAUAGUCAUGGCAUUAGAAGAAGAAAAUGCAUCUUGUAAAAAAUUACUUGAACAAACUACUGAUCUCGUUAACACAUUAAAGGAAGUACUAAAUGAAGAAGACGAUAAAUCAACCGAAGAUUGUGCUGAUAAUGAAAUUUUGUCAAUCAACUCAAAUCAAAUUAACAGCAACAAUGAUUUUUCAGGAAGCGAAUCUGAUUAAAUUCAUUCUAAAUUUAACAAAUAAUUUUUUUUUUUUAAUUAUUCAAAUAAUUUUUUUUUUGUUCCUAUCAAGUAUUAAUUUAUUUUGAAUUAAACUUAAUUAUAUCAAUAUUUUUUUAAAGUAAUUAUCCAUUUUUGAAUACAUAUGAUAACAAUCAUGAUCUGUCAAUCUAUAAAUUUUAAACUAAAUUGGCUUACGAUAUA